AUGCUAACAAUAAGGCCGGAUCGAUCCUGGCUAACCUCAUCCGCACCCCAGAAAUUCGCAUCCACAUCCACAUCAACAUCAAUGUCUACGUCAAAGUCUAAACCCGAAUUCGAAGUGGCCGAGACAGCGCUGAGGCAACGCGUGCUAUCGCCGAUACCGAUCAUACCGAUACCAGUGAUACCCGAAGACGUCGAAUCGUUGGCAAACACCAAUACGAACAGCAAUAGUUCGCCCGAUCAGCAGAAUGUGCCCAUGACCAUAAGUACAGUACCGCCAUCGAGUUCAGCGCCCGCUUUCACAGUGACCGGAACCGGAAGCGGAAUUGAAUAUGAAAGUUCGGUGGCCGGAACUAGUGGUGGCAUUGUCAAAUCGAUAACGAUGGACGAACCGAUUACGACGGGGAGCGUCAAGCCGAUUGCCUCGAAUAAGUUUACUAGGAAAAGAGAACGUGUAUGCAAUAAUAGUAGUUAAUAGUGGUAGUCAUAGUUAUAGUAAUACUAGAGGUAAAAGUAAUAUUAGUAAUUCUACAAGUCGAAUUUCGAACUCGGCCUUUUGUAAAUAAGCCUCUUCGAGAUGAGAAAAAAGUCAAAUGUUAGCAUAUACAUAUUAAUAUACAGAAUACACACACUAUGUAUCUAUAUCUGUAUAUGGAUAUAUAGGACUACCCACAAAAAACAUCCAAAAGAAAGAAAAAAACAAUAAGAGAAAACCAAACAGAAUAUAUGUAUGUAUACAUAUAUAUACACAUGUAUGUAUGUAAUUGUGUAACUUUUUUUUCUAAGUUUUAGGCUAAACGUAUUUGUAAUAUUUCACCUUGGGCCAAGGCAGCCUGUACAUGCAUACUAAAAUACUUAACAUAAUAUAGCAUGUAGGAAGUGUAUGUGUGUGUAUGUGUAUGCGUAUGGGAGCGUGCGUGUGCGAGUGUACAGGACCAGAUUGGUUAGGAAGUUAGGUCAUAGGACAUAGAUCGUAGGGCACCAGUAUGUAGAAUCCACGUAUGUAAACGCUCAGAAACAGAAAUAGCAAUAGCAAACCUAAACAGAUCUGGCACCAAAAGUCCAUACCAGUAAAUCCGUGUAACCCUUAAAGAACUGCAACCCCCUGAAAGACGCCCCCCACCCCCCAGCAGUUCCGCUUCCGGUGCAGCGAACCAACUGCAAAACAUCCACGAACAUGGCAAAUUCUAGAGUCCGUCUGUAUGAAAUUUGUGUGCGAAUACAUACAUACAUUUACAUUGUAUCCGAAGGAUGUGUGUCUGUCUGGCCUGGCUAUGUGUGCGAGGCAAGUGAAAGCAUAAGCAUACGAGGAACCCAUUAAAGACCCAACAAUUAUACACAAAACGAGCAGAACAAGAAAAAUGGAAAACCAACAAAAAAAUCAAACAACAACAAAAUUCAAAACCAAGAACAAUGAAAAACUAUCUAACUGUAAAGUGCAUGUUGCGAGAUUUAGAAAACAGCGAAACCAGAAAACCAAAAACCAAGAGAUAGCAAAAAAUUGAGAACCCCAAUAACCGAGGAUAAACGAAAAAUAAACACACAAGAUGGGAGUUCUUACUUAGCAUCUACGUACUAUGUAGAUCUGGCUUUAACUAAACUAACGAAACAAGUUUGUUGUUGUCUUCUUUUUCUACACAUAUAUUAAAAAUAUAUAUAGUAUAUAUACAUACAUAUAUAUUUUCGUUGUUGCUGUUUUUCGCCCAUUCUUUUCUACCAAGAAUUAUGAACUCAAUUAAGAACCUGAAUAGCUUUUGAACGCAAGUUUGAGACGAUGAGAUGAUAUAGUAGCGUAGACUAAACUGAGUUACAAAUGAGAAGAAGUCGAAAAACGAACUACUAUUUAGUAUAGUCUACAUACUAAAGUGAACAAUUUUAAUUGGAAUUUUUGUAACAUAUUGAAGUAAAUCUCAUUAAUAACAUAUACAAGCUAGCUGGCAAAUGUGUAACAACGGAACAAACCACAAGCUCCAGAUAGAAAAUAAUAGUACCGAACCGAAGCGAACGAAAGCGAGCUGAUAGAGCAGAGUAGUGUAGACAUAAUAGCAGAAGUGGCCGAGCUACGUAAAGAUUUUCUAAAGAUUCUAAAAGGAACAUUAUAUAUACUAUAUAUAUAUAUAUACUUACUAUAAAGUAUUAACUGAGAGCAUCGAAGUUAUUUAAUGUAAAAAAUCAAAGCAAGAAACUAAAACAAGUUAGGUAAUGUGCAACCUUCUAACGCUUUGUUAGGUUACCAAGUUCCCAAAUUGAAGACAAAUGCGAUAUACAGACAACUGAAUUGCCCGAAUAGUGCCCCCACCUUCCAGCUCCCAUUCUCGCACCAACUCCCCAAUUCCCCGGUCAGUGAGACAGACUCUGCAUAAUAUACAGAACCAGGGCCAGAAAGGAUCAAAAUAUCUGUAAACUGUAGUUUAUAUAGCCAUAGGAUGCAGUCCACUUAAAGCCAACUAGGAGUACCGAAGUUUUACCACAUUACCAAGCCCCUCGCCUAAGUUUUGAUUUAUGAAAACGAAACUCUCCCCUCAACCAAAAAGUUUCCCAAUUGUCUGAUAGGUCUAAACUUAUAUGUACAUGUACAACUAAAGGCCCAGACCAGCAAAAAGAAAAUUCUAAGGAGAACAAGGAACAAGAAACAAACCAACUAAAUGAACCCUUAAACAAAUGUGUGUAUACCUAUUUAUAAUAUUGAAUAUUUAAAUUGAAAUGAACGUUCAAGACUGCUGUCAAAAUAGCUUUAUCACAAUAAAUAACAAAGAUCUACACAAGACGAUAACAGCACACCAAACACAACAGAACAGAUCAGAACCAAACAGAACCGAACAGAACAGAACAAAACAGAUCAGAACAAUACUAAGGAUAUCAAUAAACAUCGAUUAUCUAACCGGAAACACACAGCAACACACAGAUUCAGAUACGCGAUAUGGAAUGCGGCCAGCUUUAACGUUAUAAAUUCAUGCAUAUUUGGGUUUCAACUCUACAACAACUUAAAACGAAUACGCAUGAUAACACUGAAAUUGAUCGAUAUACAACUAACGAUAUACGGAGUCGAAUCAAAUCAAAUCGAGUCGAAUCGAAUCGAAUUGAAUCGAAUUGAGUAAUUGGUGGAAGAUCAAAUUCCCGUUUGAACUGGUUUCCUAAGCCCCACAAAAUACCUUUAAACACUAGAUAAAAACCAAAAAUGAAAAUAAAAACUUUGAUAUGAGGGACCGAAUUUCCAAAGACAGGUCUUUAUUAUACAAAAUACCAAAGCAGAAGCAAAUCAACUGACAACAAAUUCCUAAGUAACAACAUUUAACAGUAACAGUUUAUAAUACGCAAGAUUUUAAGCCGCCUUAGAGCUGGGUUCCCCAAUGAAAAACUAUGGUACACAUUGAAGGAUCGUAUUGCACCAUAUCCUUGGUUGACUUUCGUUGCAUUGCAAGUCCGAGUCCCACGUCCAGCUUUGUGUUACAUUGUCCAUUUGUGUUUUACCUCUACGUAAACCAUAAUCAUAUCGAAUCGAAUCGAUAAAUGUAUACUUUAUUUUCCUCAGCGAUUCGUAGAGCUCAAGGGGUACUUCGAGAAUCAUGCUUCAACCGUAACUCUUCUAGCCAAACCAGGUCCAAUAGAACAUACAUAUACAUAUAUGUAUGUAUAGCCCAGUCAAUGCCAAUGCAAAUGAUGAACUGGAUUCGUGUUUUCGAAAACGUUUCGAGCCCGAUUAUGACGAAGCAGCCAUUUUGGUGUAUUUACACGAUAGAAUCAAGAAAGGGUCCUUCCCCCAAAAAUAUCCCCCACAUCCCCAAUCCCUCCUCUCGCGCGCCCAACUAGAGCGGGGUAUGCAAAAUAUAUAUGGUUACAUAUACAAUAUCUAGAUAUACAACACACAUAUACUCGUAUAUACAUGUACAGACGGUCUAUGUGGUGUAUACCCAAAAACCCAAAAGCCAGAAACCAAACAAAAAACCAAGAACCCAAAUAACAAAAAACAAAAACCAAAAAACCCCACACUAAUAAGAUCAUAUUUGACUUUAUAUGUAUUAUAGUAAUGUAUUCAGUAGCUAAAUCGAAAGCCGAAGCAAAGACCAAUUUAUUAACAACAAACUAAUAAGGAAAACCCAACUGGAAAACAAUUAUUAUGUUAAACUAAAGAAUAAAAACAUAAGAGGAAGCCGAAACAAUUUUUUAUGGAGAAAAAAAAAGAAAACAAAACAAAAGAAAAGAGAGUAAACUAGAAUGCAUUGCAUGAAUUAAACGAAGUGGAGAAAAACUAAUAGAAAGCAAAACUUGAAUAAAGCUAAACAAAUGUUCAACUAAAACCAAACUUUAACUAAACCUACACUAAUGCUAAAUCUAAAACAAAAGUAACAUUAAAUUAAAACAACUAAAAGAAAGAAGAUUUAAUUUCUAAAAGAAAUAAUGUAAGAAACUAAAACAAAAAAAAAAACUGCAAAAAAUUCAGUGACUAAUGAAAUAGUUUAUUUUGAAUUUACUGUAUUGUAUAUUUAAAUUAAAAACGGGAAACAAGCCCAAACAAAGUAUAUUGUUAUAUCUUAUCGAGGAACCGUGUUUUGCAAAAGCUUUAAUAUAAUAUUUAGGGUGCCUACAUUUGCUAAAUUAGUAUUUUACGAUUCAAAAACCAAGGAACAAACCAAAUGAGAAAUUAAAUACAAAUACUAAAACUAAAACCAACACCUACAUACACGAAAUAGUAAAAAGCUUGAUUAAAACGAACCCAAAAAGUUAGGAGCCUCGAUUUCCAAAAACGAAUACACUGAAAA